GUGUAAACCUUGCGAAAAUAUUUAACAUUGACCAGCAACUGUUUUGCAUUAGCCUACUGGUGGAAGAGAAGCGCCUCCUUCAAUGUAGUUUGAUUGGUGGAUUCGCUUCCCGAGCAAAUCCAUUCCCUUCAUACCUGCCGAUACCUACAAAUCCUAUUUGGAUUCUUACACACGUUACAGAAACGACUUUAUGGUUUGAUAAAGUUCAAGUGGUUACAAACAGUGAAAUAAAAAGUUAAAAGCUCUCCACACAAACGUUUAAAACAUGGAAAAUCAAGACCCUGCUGUUGUUGAGGCAGUAAAAGCAUCAGGCGAGUCCACCCUGGAGAAGGCUACUGCAAAAGCUAAAGAAAAAAUCGACCAGUUGUUAAAUGUCUCACUUAACAUCGCCGUGACUGGAAAGACAGGAUCAGGAAAAUCCUCCUUCAUAAAUGCACUUAGAGGUGUAAGUGAAGACGAUGAUGGAGCAGCACCUACUGGAGUCACAGAAACGACAAUGAAGGCUACCAUGUAUGAGCAUCCUACAGUGCCAAAUGUGAAGAUCUGGGACCUGCCUGGAAUAGGAAGUCCAAACUUCAAAGCAGAUAAAUACCUUAAAGAAGUCAAACUUGACACCUAUGAUUUCUUCAUUAUCCUGAACUCAGAGAGGUUCAUGCAGAAUGAUGUCAUGCUGGCUAAAGAAAUAAGAAAACAGAAGAAAAACUUUUACUUUGUUCGUUCCAAGAUUGAUAAUGACAUCAGAGCAGAGGAAAAGAAAAAAGGAUUUGAUGAGCAGAAAGUUCUUUCUAUAAUAAGAGAGGACUGUCAGAAAAACUUGAAAGAACUGGGAGACCCCAAAGUUUUCUUGAUGUCUUCUUUUGACUUGGACAAAUAUGAUUUUGAAAUAUUUCAAAACACUCUCGAAGCAGAGCUUCCAAUCCAUAAGAGAUCUGCUCUUCUACAAGCCUGGCCACUGUGCUCCACAGCAUCUCUUGAGAAGAAGAUCAAAUUCUUUGAAGGCAUGAUCUGGGCUGCAUCUCUUGCCUCUGCUGGUAUAGCAGUGGUCCCUGUGCCUGGUCUAUCAGCAGCAUGUGAUGCAAGCAUGGUGUUGCUUUUCCUCACAAGGUGCUACUAUGCAUUUGGUUUGGAUGAUGGAUCACUGUCAAGGCUUUCAGAAAAAGUGAACAAGCCCUUGCUGGAACAUCUGGCCAAAUCAAAGUUUGCGUCUGCCAUCCGUGAAAAAACAAUAGCCAGAUUACAAGUCUCUGCUGCACUUGUUGCAGUUUCUAGCAUUGAAUAUUAUGCAAGUCUCCUUCCAGGUGUGGGCAGUGUUGCUGCUGCAGGAAUAUCCUUUGGUACUACUUAUUUUCUCUUGAGAGAAGGAUUAAAUGAACUGGCAAAUAUUGCUCGAGAAAUCAGAAAAGAUGCAGGGCUGGAUGCAAUCUAAUACGUUCAAGCUGGCCUGAAAAUGUGUUUCUUUUCAUUUCUUAAGAGUGUUGUCUCAUUUGUUCAUUUCCUAUAUUGAGCUUGUAUGCAUUUCUGCCUCUGUUAUGGACUAAAUGUCCUUAAGAUGUUUGUUACAUUGUCUGCUGAUUAAAGAAGGGAUAGAAGAUUACAGUCGUGUUGUGUGACUGCAGAUGACCCAGACGCAAAAGAGAAUGUUCACAGUAUUUAUUGAGAGUCCCAAAAACAAAACACAAACAGACUGCCAGGUGUCGAAUAACAGCAUGCUGCAGCUGGAGAACAAAUGAGUAAUGUCAGCUCUAAAUGAGAUGACAAAUGACGAGACAGGUUCUCCAAGUCGCAGGUUUGGAUGAGUAAAAUCCCAAAAUUUUACCAUGUAGGGCUUCAUGUCAAGGGGUCAGAAUCUCUUUACAGUACCUUCUACUAAACGAUAAACCAUUUCUGUAUAUUCCUUUGUUUUUAAUUAGUGAAUUUGUUUUAUGCAUAUUAAUGAGAUUACACUUAUUGAUACAAAUGAUAAAAGGCAUAGUGGCAUGUGUUGACUUUCAGGAUGUGCUAUAGUUGUAUGAUGUAGGGAUUUACAUUUAUUAUCCAAAAUGUGGUGUACUAUAAAAAAUAAAUAAUAAAAUAAAUAAUAAUAAAGAAUGAUGGUAACACUUUACAAUAAGGUUCAUUAGUUAACAUUAGUUAACUACGUUAGUUAACAUGAACUAAUAAUAAACUGCACGUAUAGCAGUUAAUAAUCCUUGUUAAUGUUAAUUUCAACAUUUACUUAUACAUUAUUAAAAUCUUGUUAACAUUAGUUAAUGCACUGUGAAUUAACAUGAACA